UCGAAGACACUCGUAUAUCUGGUAGAACCCGUCGCGAGCCACAGACCAGUGCCGCCACGGGCAACGACAGAGCACAGCCAUGGAGUCAUUCAGGACUACGCUCCUUCUGGCAGCAGCGCUGCUGCUCGGCUACGUCGCCUGCGUCGACGCGGCCAAGUGCUCGAUGCACGGCUUCUGCGACAACAAGAAGAAGGUGCCGUGCAUCUACAACGGCGUGCCCAAGCCGGUCACGGACGAGGCGGUGCGAGCCAUCAUGAAGGAGACUUGCGGCGACUACUUCCAGAUCCACGGGGACUCGCUCUGCUGCGACGGCGCGCAGAUCAAGGAGCUCGCGAAGCAGGUGAAGGCUCUCGAAGGCCUGGGUCUGCGACGCUGCGAGGCCUGCUACGCCAACUUCCAGAAGCUCCUGUGCAACAUGGCCUGCUCGCCGCACCAGGGAGACUUCCUGCAGGUCGUGCACUACGACGAAGAGCCGCACGAGUUGGCGGAACACGUGAACUUCUACGUAGACUACGUGACCAUGCGCGCCCUCUACGCGUCUUGCAUUAACCCGAGGAAGUUCAUUCGGUUCGCACCGCUGUCCUUCGCGCUCUGCGGCCAGGACUACCAGAACUGCACCAUGAACCUGUGGUACGGCGCCCUGGGCAAGAGACGAGUGGGACUGACCUCCGUGGACGUAACGUACGAGCCUGUCACCAAGGAGGCGAUCUUCACCGGGCUGCGGGAGUACAGGCCCUUCAAGGACUCCAUGUACGGCUGCAACGAGACCGUCUCCGGCAAGGCAUGCGCGUGCGAGGACUGCGAAGCGGUCUGCGAGAACGCCGACGAUGCCGCGAAGCCCGUGCCGCUGAGCACGUGAGGACUCGAGGGUGCCGAGGCUACCAGGCAGAAGAUACUGAUCUUGUCUGCCGCACUUUUCGUUGUGCUGUUUCAUGCCGAGGCAUACGUGGUGUUGAGUGAAGCCGUCUUUGUGUCCCGGAGGUCUUAUUGACUGUGCUCCCAACGGGAGCUUUCGAAACACACUGCUGUCUUAUGUCAUUUCUUCAUACGUCCUAUCCCUCUCAUCGUCUGUAAUAUUUUUGUUGUUUUUGCUUCCUUUGCUGUAGAUCCUCUUCUGUGGAUUGAUUUCUCUUCUGUCUUCACACCACAGAAGAUCCAUGGUUCCUUGAAAUGUAGUCCAUGUUAGCUUCACUGCGCCUAAGCAAAGAAAAUGCUGAUGCAAUAAACACUGAACCUCGAAGUAUUUAAAUGAGUGCGUAAUACAGAUUAUAUGAAGGGCACUUCAACGUAACCAUCAGAAUGAGGUAACGCAAAUGGCACCCCAAUUUGCAAAAAUAGGUGCCGUUGUCAAAUCGUGUCUGAUUUUUGAUGCUUUCUGAAGUGUUCUCGAAGCUCAAAAGUGCUGUUUACCUAUUUAUCUAUAUAAAAACACGUCUUUGAUGAAAGAAGAAAUAAAGCAACGCCCUUACCGCUGUCCACAAUUGUACAAUGCGCACAUCUUGUACCAUAAACUUUACGAGAAAUAAAACAUGGCACAUCUA